CGAAUACCAAUAUUACAACAAUAAAGACAACGGCUUUCACGUCAAUAGAAAGAAUAGCUUUCUCCAGAGAUUUGUUCGUUGGCUCGUUGCUUUGGCUUCUUGGCCUCUCCUCGAUCCGACAAGAUGAUUGAUGACCAACAGCUGGGAUUUCUUGCCAAUUUUCUUGGCAUUUUUAUAUUUGCGCUGGUAAUUGCUUACCAUUACGUGAUGGCUGAUCCAAAAUAUGAAGGAAACUAAAAGGGUGUGCAGAGCUAAUGUAUGUGCUUUUAGAUAAGAACCUAGAUUAGACUUGUACCAUGUUAGUUUUGUUUGCACAACUGUGCUGAAAACUUUGUUUUUGCCUGUCUUGGUUUUUCUACUAAAUAUAAUGACAUGUUCAUUGCAAGUCUUCCUACUAGAGCUCAAAACUGAAUUUGUGCUCAAAUUUCCAUUUCCAACCAACCAGUUAAGCCAGUUCUUGUGAUAUAUAGCAUUAUCUUAUGUAUGUUUCAAUGUUUUUACUCAUUUAAAGGCUCCCUACCUUCUUGUAAUACAUGUGCUUGUGAUGUUGAACUGCUGAUGUUUACUACACAUAUGCACCCACAUGACAUGCCCCUUGCUAGUUGCUACUGUUAACAUCUUCAAUAAUUCUAUGAACAAAUAAAGCCAAGAAGAUUAAACUCAAAACUACCAGGACUUAUUGCUACUCAAAUCUCAAUUUGCCCAUUCCCAUGCUGCCAUUUUGAGCCAAGCCCAAGUGGUAGCGUCAAUUCAGUUGUGUUACAUUGUUUUCAUUCUUUCAUUGCGAAGGAAAAAAGAAAGAAACCUGCACCAAGUCAAAAUUGCCGUUCUUCUGAUGUGAAAUGGCUGAUGAUUGGUACAGGACUACAAUGAUUGCUCUUUUUGUCCAUUUGUUUUGGAUUGGUUAUUUGUAUGGUGCUUCAAAACUUGACACCACUUUGUAAAACCUCUGGGUGCUUGCAUCUUUUAAUUGUUUUUUUAAGCCCAUCAAUCUUCAUGUUUUGCAUAGACCUUGAUAAUCUGAAACAUAAUUCGAUGAAAUUAGGAUAUAAAGGUAAUAGCAUAAAAUUUUAAUAAUAAUUAUAUGAGUUUAAUAAAAUCAAAAAUAUAUAUUUCACAUUUUGAUAUUGACAUGAAUUGUAACACAAUUUUUAUGUAAAAUAUAAUAUAAAUAUAUAAAUUUUAAUAGUUUAUACGAUAUAAAUACAUGAAUUAUCAAAUUUAAUUUUGCACCUUUAAAUUUUGAGUGUUGAGGGUUCAAUUGGUAAUUUUUGUUGAUAUAAAGGAUAUUAAAAUGAAAGUAACAAAGGAGAGUCUUGUAAGAAUUCACAUUUUAAAAGAGAAU